GCAACGUAACGGCCGCAAACCGCUCCCGGGGCACGCGGCAGCGGCUGAGCCCACCGGCGCGGUGACGGGAGGGGAGCGCCGGGAGCGGACGCGGCUCGCUGGAGAGGUGGAAACCAGGUAUCAUCAGUGAAAGUGCUGGGAAACAGGCUGCUAGAGGAAGCCCCCUCCCCGCAGACGUCACCAUCUCUUGUCACUGCUGUUGGCCUACGGCUUUGGACCAGCCCAUUGUACCCGUCCGCUCCUAGCUCAGGGAGCAGUGCGAGGCUGUCGGGACCACCCGCACCCCCGGCCAGCAGUGCACGAUGCCUCUCUUCGGGAACACCUUCAGCCCCAAGAAGACCCCCCCCAGGAAAUGCGCCUCUCUCUCCAACCUGCACUCGCUGGAUAGAUCGACCCGUGAGAUUGAGCUGGGCCUGGAGUACGGCAUCCCCACCAUGAACCUCGCUGGCCAGAGCCUCAAGUUUGAAAACGGCCAGUGGGUGGCAGAAUCGGGAAGCUUCACGGGGGAUCGCAGGGAAAUGCAGCGCUUGCGCAAACGGAACCAGCAGCUAGAGGAAGAAAACAACCUCCUUCGGCUGAAAGUGGAUAUUCUGCUGGACAUGCUCUCUGAGACCACUGCUGAGUCCCAUCUGAUGGAGAAGGAGCUGGAGGAGCUGAAGAACCACAGCCGGAGGAGGAAGUGAAGGAGAGGAGGUGGCUGGAGGAUGAGGGGAGCGAGGAGGCUGCCCCUGCAUGUGGGAUGCUGGGUCUGGCUCAGGCCUCCUGGCCACCCUGGUACUGUGUGCAGGUACUUCCUUCCAUGGGACCAUGAGUAACAAAGUGCCUCCAGCAUCAUGCGGUGCUGUAGGUACUGUGUAACGGUGCCCCAGCGAGUCAUGCCGCCACAAUUCACGCUCACGUUUUCUCUCAAAGAGCACUUUCCCUUGGUACGUUUCCUCGCCGCAACACUUAAUUCACACUCACAUUUUCUCUCUGGAGCACUUUGCCUUGCUGUUUCCUCACUGCAGCUCAGCAGUUGGUACCCACUUUCCUAAGGCAGCCUGAAAACAGGCGAUGGAGAAGAUCCCUCCUCUGGGUGGGCUCCUCGCUGCUUUCUGCACUUAAAAAUGCAGGGAGAUCCCCGUCCCCGUCCCCUCAAGGGAGCCUGGAGGGGCUCGUACAAGUUUUCCGGCUCAUCUUUGGCGAGCAGGAUGCUGGAGCUGCGCGUUAGCUAGGGGUUUUGCAUACUUCAUAUAAAAAUUUGCGUUGAAAAACAA